AUGUUUGAGACAUUGUUUACUGUUGAAAGUGUGCCGCCCUUUGGUCGGGCUGGUUCUCUCUCUCUCUCUUGCAUCCUCUCAGCAACUGUUGACAGGCGGUUUGUGGUCAAGGCCCAAGUGGCACUCUUCAAAAUGCUCUUCUGCUCGGCGCCUCGAGCCAGAGACUCAAUUGAAGUCGCGCCCUCAAAAUGUCAUACAAAAUUGACAGUUUAUUGUACCCUUUUUGGUCUUCCUCAGUGUUUGCUCCCAUUCUUGCAUCACGAC